AAUUUAUAGCUUGAACACAUAAUUUAUUCCUGUCUUAGUUGACUUUUAAAGUGUUGAGAAAUUUUGGUGCGAAUCAACAUGCUUUUUCAUUCUAAAACAUUUUGAAUUGUUGAUAUAUUAUACAGUCUUUUCGUUAAAUUUAUCUGCAGUAUGUCAUUUUAUUUACAAAUUUGAAAAGUUCAUUAGUCGUUUUUUUAUGAUUGAAAUUAAUAAAACAGGUGCCCAAGUUUAUCCACGACAUUGUAAAAUAUUCUGAUCAUCCUGAACGCAGCAAAAAUGAAAAUAGCAGUGCUUUCAUUUCUCGUUUUCACGACGGCGUGGUGUCGUGAGGAAAUGGAAGAGCAACCGCAACGGGAUCUAGCUUGGUGGGAGAAAGGAGUUAUCUAUCAAAUCUAUCCGCGAUCAUUCAAAGACUCGGACGGAGACGGGAUCGGCGACCUAAAAGGUAUUGCGGAGAAAAUUGAUUACCUCUCAAAACUAGGCGUCGGAGCAGUCUGGAUUUCUCCGAUUUUUCGCUCCCCGAUGGCGGAUUUUGGUUACGAUAUAUCGGAUUUCAGAGCAAUCGAGCCAAUGUUCGGCACCAUGAAAGAUUUUGAAAGGCUGAAAAGAUUAUUCCAUAAAAAUGGAUUAAAAAUGAUUCUUGACUUCGUGCCAAACCAUACCAGUGACGAACAUGAUUGGUUCAAGAAAUCAGUCGCAAGAGUUGAUCCUUACACAAAUUAUUACAACUGGGUCGACGGGAAGGCGAGUGAGAACGGCACCAUACAACCACCGAAUAAUUGGCUUUCAUAUUUUGGUGGGUCAGCUUGGACUUGGAAUGAAAAACGGGGCCAGUACUAUCUGCAUCAGUUCCAUCCGAAACAACCAGAUUUGAACUAUAGGAACCCUCUCGUUGUUCAAGAGAUGAAGGAUGUUUUGACUUAUUGGAUGGACAAAGGAGUAGAUGGAUUCAGAAUGGACGCUGUGAUGACCAUCAUGGAGGACAUUAAACUGCGGGACGAACCACUCUCGGGCAAAACAGAUGUUCUGCCAACUGAUGAGGAGUAUCUUAACCACAUUUACACCAGAGACCAACCGGGGACCUACGAGAUAAUUAAACAGUUCCGAAAACAUCUUGAUGAUUAUUCUAGGAAAACUCACACGGUCAAGUUUAUGGCAACAGAGGCAUAUUCGAAUUUGACCAGCACAAUGAAAUACUACGGCACCAAGGAUAAUCCUGGAGCCCACUUCACGUUCAAUUUUGAGACAAUCGAAGCACUUACCCCACAAUCGAACGCGCCAGAUUUCAAAGAAGUCAUCGAAGACUGGUAUGCUGCUCUCCCUGCCAGCAAGUGGUCUAAUUGGGUGUUGGGGAACCACGACAAGCGACGGGUGGGCUCGCGUUACGGGAUCGACAUGUUGGAUGGACUGCACAUGCUUCAGAUGUGCCUUCACGGUACCUCCGUGACGUAUGCCGGAGACGAGAUCGGAAUGGUGGACACGUUCAUCCGCUGGGAUCAAACCAAAGAUCCGCCUGCUCUCAAUGUCGGCCCUGAAAGGUACCAAAGAUUCACACGGGACCCCGCCAGAACUCCGUUCCAGUGGAAUGCGUCCACAAGUGCAGGUUUUUCGACGAAUCCAAAAACUUGGCUUCCAGUCAAUCCUGAUUAUUGGUCACACAAUCUAGUUACAGAAAAGAAAAAGGCCAGUAGCCAUUUCAAAAAUUACCGAAGAUUGUUGACUCUGAAAAAGUCGCCCGUUAUUCAAUUUGGUAGUGUAAAUGUCUACACCCUAUCAGACUGGGUCCUUGUCAUAACCAGAACUCUCAAAGACCACCCGACAUACAUUGUCAUUCUGAACCUUGGCACAGAAUUAGAGGAUACAAAAGGGUUGAGAAAAAUCGCAAACUUGCCAGACCAAAUCAGAUUGCAUACGUGCAGCAUCAACUGUGGCUACUCGCCUGGGGCCCAACUUCGGACAGAUGAAAUCCAGCUUCGACCAAAGGCCGGAUUUGUGUGUAUCGCUCGGGGUGGCCUAAAAACCUCUUGAAAGGAAGAUGCCAUAGGUUGUAUCUCCAAGUGGAAUAUGAGGAUACAUUCAAUGGUUCCAGACGUAAGAGCUCAGCAUCAAAGGACUACGCUAAAUGGCUCGUAAUGGGAUCUCGCUGCGUUCAAUGUGCAAAAGUAUUCGCUCUGCUAACGUAAAGGCGUAUUUCGAUUUCCGCAUGAACCCCAGAAAGCAUCGAUUUACAUGUAAAACAUGGCACACGUGGAAUUUGAGUUACGUCCUUAAGUUAGAGGGCAGUGGCGUGGCGUGCUCUGCGAUCUAUCGAUAUUUUCCCGUUUGAAGUUGUGGUAAAUAAUCGAUUAUUAUGGUUUUCGCUGCCAACACCCUGUUUAUCGAUACUUUUCCUUAGGUUGAAAUGACCGAUCAAUCGAUGUAUCGCAAAGCUUACCACGUCGCUGUUAGAGGAGCGACGUAGCGUGCACAUCUGAGCUGUUUGCUCUCCUAUGCGAGAAAUUGUUGAUCUGAAAAGACUGAUUGUUCCGAAAAAAAUACGGUAAGGUCUGAAACUGGGAUCUCUUUUGGCCAUCUGAGUAUCGUUGCAUGUUGUGAAAAAAAUGAAAGAAUGAGUGCUUUGUACAUCCAGCAGACUGUAUUUUUGUACUACGAGAAGAUGCAUUCCUUUUUUUGAUAUUAAAAAUGAUCAUGACCUGUACAUUUUUACCAUUGGCCAUUUUAACCUUUGACAUCAACUUCUAACAUGAUGUUUUAUUAAUUUGUGUGAUUAGAAUUCUUUUAUUUUCAAAAGAUCAAAAAAGAAAAAAACUUAAUCGAUAUUGACAAAAUAUGUAUCUUAUCAAUCCAUACGUAAUAAGUUUCAAAUUUUUGAGGAAAAUACCACCUUAUCAAGAAUAUACUUAAAAAUUCAGAGCUAUAUGUCUGCCACUUUACAUUAUAAACACCAUGGAAAUAGUUUAACAUGCAAUAAAUAACGUUUAAUAAAGAGGCAUCAAACCAAAAUCUGAAAAAUAUUUUCCGACAUUAUUUAUCAUAAAACACAAUAUAUAAACAUUAAAAUUUGUUCA